AUAAAAGUUAGUACAAAUUUGCAGGUUAUUUGCAAAACUCUUUCUUUGCUUGCACAGUUCAUUUGCAAAACUGCUUAUUUGCUCGUCAACCAAUAAGCACGCUAUUCUUGUGCCUACGUGACUAACUAAUAGAGUGAAUCGAAUGUUUUUAGUUCUAAUAGCAAUUUCGUUGUGUAUUGACGUGUAAUAUCAAUUGAUUUUUGGUGCGAUUUGCUGCUAUGGAUGAGUUAAAUAAUGAUUAUAAGAUUUUACCUUCUCCAAGAGGAAAAGCACGCAAGAAAAAUCGACAACCGGAAAACUACGCUAGGGCUGUUAAAAAAAGGGAUAGACAUACACCACACGUGCUUCCAAACUUUCCAACUUGUGGUCACGAUGGUAAACCCGGAUAACCGUAUUUUUGCAGAACUUUAACAAUGAAUGAAAUUAAAAAAUUACAUGGAUACAUGUAUGAAUCUACAUCUAAAAUAGACCAGGAUAACCUCAUACUGAACUGUUGCAAAGGACAUAAACCGAAGAGAGGAAAAUCCAAUCACGCUCAAGUCUCGAUUCAAUACAAUGUUCGUUUGAAAGAUGGAAAAUUGAUAAGAGUGUGCAAAAAUGCGUUUCUAGGCAUUACGAAUUUUAGUGGAAACCGAGUGCAAAGAAUACUUCGUAAUUUUGUCAAAAAUGGAGAGCUCCCGAAAGAACGAAGAGGAGGGGACAGAGUAGGUCGCAAGAACGAUGGAAAACAUAAACAUAUAAAAGACUUUAUAGAAUCUUUAACAUGUGCAGAAUCUCACUAUUGUAGGAGCAAGACUAGUGUGCGUGUCUAUUUACCAUGCGAUUUAAAUUUUAAAAAGCCUUAUACUUACUCUCAACAACGCGUUCCUGAGGAUUUGCACGUUAGAAUCAGUUAUUUUAGAAAAUUCGUAAAUGCAAAUUACAAUAUUGCGUUUGGAACUCCACUUACAGAUUGCUGUUCAACGUGCCUACGGUUCAAAGAGCAACUAAAAUUGACAACGUCAGCUGAAAAAAGAUAUAAGUUAACAACAGAGAAUCGCGUUCAUUUAUUGAAGGCAAAGGCGUUCUUCCGUCUCUUGAAACAUCCAAAACCAAACACAAUGUCUUUUUCCUUUGACUGCCAGAAAAACUUGGCCCUGCCUCGAUUACUAGACCAAGCCGCAUAUUUCAGCCAGCAAAUAAAUUACAACAAUUUUACUAUAGUUUCUGGAACGUCUAACACCAAGUUAACACCUGCAAACGUGAACGCGUAUUUAUGGCCGGAAAUUGAUACUCAAAAAAAUGCGAACACAAUAGCCUCGGCAGUUAGGCAUACAUUAAACACCAAAAUAUUUAAGCCGUCUGUCACAAAAAUUAACUUGUUCGCUGAUGGGUGCGGCGGACAAAACACAACUAUGAUGACAAUGUUAGCCUACUGGCUUCUUAAAGAAUCUCCAGAAAAUAUUAAAAAUAUUGAGCUCACAUUUCCAAUUGUAGGGCACUCUUUUAUCCCCCCAGAUAGAGUUUUCGGAUUAAUAGAAAAGGUAAUAAAAAAAUACCCGUUAUUGUAGAAUCCAGUCAUUACGACGCUAUAAUAAGUAAACAUGCUACAGUUAGAAAAAUAGGUAUUGACUGGACCGUACAAGACUGGAAAACUGAAGCAAAAAAAAUCGUAAAACUUCCUGGAGCCUGGCAUUUCAAAUUUAGCAACGCAAAACGAUUUAUUUUUCAUAAAAAGACACACAGUUUUAAUUCAAGGUGAGAUUAAUUACUUGAAUAACACAGGAACGCCUAAAAGUGUUUGUAAAAAAAUUGUCGUUUUCAUCCCUAGAGCCAGGUGAAGUACCACUAAGCAGCAAACUUAAAGGCGAUACAGCUUCUAUUAUUAGUUUACUGGUUAAGCAUUAUGGUGAAGACUGGAGAAAACUACCAGAGUUAGGCUUCUACAAAAAUAUCCUAAAGCAAAGUGCUGCAAGUACGAUAACAAGUGAUGGUGACCAAGAUUUGUGUGAAAACGAA